UGUACUUAUUUCGUUGCGUACCUAUAAAAAAAAACAAAUAAAAAAUAGGGUAUUUUUUUUUCCGUGGCGGCGUGUCCUCCCGCGAGCGGUAACACUAACAAGAACCCAAAUAAUAAUAUAAAAUGUCUUCAUUAUGUUGCAGCAGCCACACAUCGCUGCAUCACCUUCAAAAAAACCUAUACAACAGAAACGGUACUAUUACUACUACUCCAUUCAGAAGUACAAGUAGUAGCGUGAAAACAACCGGUUCAGUUAGUUAUAACCGGGUAUCAGCGGUAAACACUCGGGAACAAGAAAUGGUGUUGGAAGCAGGGAUUGAAGAGAAUAAGAAGAAGUUGCAAUUGGGGAUUGCUGAGUUCUACGAUGAAUCAUCUGGAAUUUGGGAGAAUAUUUGGGGUGACCAUAUGCAUCAUGGAUUUUACGAUCCAGAUUCUACUGUUUCUGUCUCUGAUCAUCGUCUUGCUCAGAUCCGAAUGAUUGAAAAGUCUCUUACUUUCGCUUCUCUUUCUGAGGAGGCAUCAAAAUGGCCUAAGAGUGUAGUUGAUGUUGGAUGUGGCAUAGGGGGCAGUUCAAGGUACCUGGCCAAGAAAUAUGGGGCAAGUUGUGUAGGCAUCACUCUCAGCCCUGUUCAAGCUCAAAGAGCUAAUGCUCUUGCUGCUGCUCAAGGUUUAGCUGACAAGGUUUCCUUUCAAGUUGCUGAUGCGCUAGAGCAACCAUUCCCUGACAACCAGUUUGAUCUUGUGUGGUCUAUGGAGAGUGGAGAGCAUAUGCCUGACAAAGCAAAGUUUGUUGGAGAGUUAGCUCGGGUAGCAGCACCAGGCGGUACCAUAAUAAUAGUAACAUGGUGCCAUAGGGAUCUUCGCCCUGACGAAGAAUCCCUACAGCCAUGGGAAAAGAAUCUCUUGAAGAAGAUAUGUGAUUCAUUUUACCUUCCAGCUUGGUGCUCAACUGCUGAUUAUGUCAGAUUGCUUGAGACCAUGUCCCUUCAGGACAUCAAAUCCGCAGAUUGGUCUCCCUUUGUUGCUCCAUUUUGGCCAGCAGUGAUACGUUCAGCAUUAACAUGGAAGGGUUUCACUUCACUCUUGAGGAGUGGGCUAAAAACUAUAAAAGGAGCUUUGGCUAUGCCAUUGAUGAUAGAAGGAUUCAAGAAGGGUGUAAUUAAGUUUGCCAUAAUCACAUGUCGAAAGCCUGAAGAUGUGGAGGGUGAAUGAUUUUAUUUAAUGAAAUGAAACAAGUUUCCUAUUGGUCACUCAUUUUGAUUUUGAUAAUUCAAAAAUAAAAGAAAUAAGGAAUAAAGAUACGUGUUUGUCUGCCACAUCAAAUACUAUUUGGAUAGAAAAUUGAUAUUGAAGGAAAGAUGUAAUUUAUAUCCUGUUCUGUAGCCUCCAAUCCUAAUGUUCAAUUUCCUUUGCUCCCUAUUGCAUUACAAACGAAAAAAAUAACUAUCAUUUUAACUA